ACGUGGAGUAACUAACUGGAGUCGAUCUCGUAGUAGCAACAGAACCGGAAACGGAUCCACCGAACCGGAUUUUAGAGUGAUGAAACCGGAAACCGGUCCGCGACGACUUCUCAAGUCCACGCGAGCGGAUUAUUGUAUAGUCAGCACAUCCGUGUUUUUUUCACCCCCCCCCCCUCUCAAGCUCUACCACUCUACACCUUUUUUAAUAAUUGGAGUGUCGCUGCAUUCAGGAAUAAUAUAUCUUGUUGAUUUGUACUUUCCUACUCCACGCGGUUAUUUCAGUUCGUUUGAAUAGUUAUUAUCAUCACUCCCUAACACGCUACAUUUCGCAUUCCUCACCUCACCACCCCUAUAUAUUCCUACUACACAAGCCCACAUCGGCAUUGUGGCUUAAUCCUUUUUAAAAUAAUCGAUUUUGGUGUUGUUGUGUUUGUGUUUGUGGACUUAUGUGGCUUACCUGAGCUUAUGAAGCUUCCUAGGAGUUUCCACUGAAUUCGUUGCGGUUUUUGCCUUUCUAUUUAAACGAAUUGGCGGCUGAUGCUUUUAGGCUACCUGCCUUGAUCAUUUUUCUAAUCGAAAUUUCAUCUCCUCUCUCCUCGAGCAUCCGAUACACUGUAGCUCUUGAGCUAAGUAGUAAGAAUUUUAGCCUUUUGAUGGUUCAGAAACGGCAGCACAGGCAGCAGGGUGACGAGGAAGGUUCUCGACUUCCAAAUAAACGCCGGCAUUUCGCAUCCACUUUGUUGAAAGGGCUGAAUCAUGGCAGGACUUCUGAAGAACAUAUAUCCUGUUUGGAACCUAUCCUCAGAAAAAUGGUUCAAGAGUCAGUGGAGCAUGCAUUUAACCAGUUUAUGAGAUCCUCUUACAAUCAAGUGGAAUGUCCUGCAACAAGGAUUUUGCAGCUGCAGUUUCAUAGCAAUUUGCCUGAAACCCUGUUCACCGGCAACAGGCUUCUGUCCGAGGACAGAAGCCCUAUAAAAGUCGUCCUGUACGAUUCCGCUUCAAGACAGAUAAUGUCGUGGAGUACCCUGUCGUCAAUGAAAGUCACAGUCGUCGUUCUUGAUGGUGAUUUUGUGCCUGAUGACAAAGAGGAUUGGAUGAAACAGGAGUUCGAGAACAAACAGGUGAAAAACCGAGAAGGGAAAAGGCCGUUGGUGGCUGGGGAGGUGACAGUUACUCUGAAGGAUGGGGUCGGUUAUAUUGGCGAGUUAAGCUUCACGGAUAACUCAAAAUGGAGUAGAACCGGGAAAUUCAGGUUGGGGGUGAAAGCGCAGCCGACUCCUGAUAAUAUAAGCAUCAGAGAAGCUGUGAGCAAUGCCUUCAGAGUUAAAGAUCACCGUGGAGAAUCUUACCAGAAGCAUUACCCCCCAGCUUUGGGAGAUGAAGUAUGGCGUUUAGAUAAAAUAGCUAAGGAUGGCAUAUCACAUAAGAAGCUGAAUGGCUCUGGGAUAAUAACUGUCCUAGAUUUCUUGAGGCUCUUUGUGAGAGACCCGUCUAGAUUACACGAUAUACUCGGAGUUUCGAAGAAGACGUGGGAGACGAUCAUGAAGCACGCCAAUACAUGUAACCUAGGCGAAGAGAGGAGCACGUACAGGAGUGCUCGUGGGGUGCUGUUUUUCGACUCCAUACAUAGGGUUGUUGGCGUGUUUCUUGAUGGAAAUUACCAUCCUGCAGAUACUCUCAAUAAUUUCCAAAUGAGGCUGGUGGAUGAUCUCAAAAGGCAAGCUUAUAACAACUUAGCCGAGUGGAUUCCAUAUACCGAUUCACCCGUUGCUGGCUUACCGAUGCUUCUUGGAAACACAGCAGCUGAGAGUUAUUCGGUUCCUGACUUGGAUCUCCAUGGAAUCGAGAUGAGUGGUGGUCGUUCAGCUCAGUUGCCUCCGUCCUACCACAGUGAAGUGGAACACGGCCACUGUUCGUAUGAGUUGGGGGAGAGUUCGCACUGCGCACAAGUCUUCAAUCCGAUGUUCAGGAACAGCUUCGCCAUGAGUGAUCCUCUAACUCAUGGAUUAUGCAUCGCGGGGCAUCACAGCUGGGGCUCGGAAGGUGACUACAUGGGGAUGGGAUCCCAUCACCUCUCAACCGAUGAUCUGGUAGUGGAUGAUGCUUGGCAGGGGAAUGGACUGUUUAUUGAUCCCGGGAUCGGGAUAAUUUCGUCGGACUCGGCGAGGAGCGGCAGCCCGAAGACGCGGUGGUGCAAGGUGCUGGCGGUGGUGAAGUGGAGGAUACUGGUGAGGCGCAACGUGGCGGCGAGGAAGUGCAAGAGAUUCUACAGCUAUAUGUAAUGUAGGUGAGAUGUACCAAAGCGAGCGCAAGAGCUCAGCUUAUGUGUAUAGGCAAGGUUAGUGUAAGUUAAGGUGAUGCACCCCGGUGAAGAUUCAACUGCCCAAGAUGCUGGCAGCUGCCCUUUCUAAAGCUUCCUGGGACCUGACUACUUAUUAUGCGUUCUUUUAUUUUUUAUUUUCUGAUUUCGUGUAAUAGUGUGUAAACUACAUACCACGUUCUUUCAUUUGUACCCUCAUAGUCAUUUUCUGUAAAUAGUGCACUUUUGAGGUUAUCAAGUUUUCAUUUUCAA